AUGUCGAGUUCUGCCGAGUGUUGGGAAUUCUCUGGCCGGAAGUUACCGGAGAAGCCGAGCUUCUCGCAGACGUGUAGUCGCUUGAGUCGUUAUCUGAAGGAGAAGGGUAGCUUUGGAGAUCUGAGCUUGGGGAUGACAUGCAAGCCUGACGUCAAUGGAGGUUUCGCUGUGUCACGUCAUCCCACAAUGAUGAAUCUGUUCCCUUGUGAGACUUCAGGAAACAUCGAUUCUUCAGCUGCUCAAGACGUGAAACCGAAGAAUUUGUUUCAUCGGCAAUCAAGCCUUUCUUCCUCCUCUUCCUCUGGGACUAAGGAAGAAGUCGAGAAGAUCAACAAAGAGACUAAAUCUGUGAAGCCAGAGUCUGAAUCUGGUCCGUUGACCAUAUUCUACGGCGGUCAAGUUAUGGUUUUCGAUGAUUUUCCCGCUGACAAGGCCAAAGAAGUCAUUGACUUGGCUAACAAAGGAAGCACUGCUCAAGUGAGCAAUACUCAGAACUUAGCCAAGAACCCAAAAGAGAUUGCUUCUACCCCAAAUCCAGUUCCUGCUCAUGCACAAGAGUCAAUCCAGGCCAACACGUCCUCUUUAGCCUGCGAACUCCCAAUUGCUAGAAGAGCUUCGCUUCAUCGGUUCCUUGAGAAGAGAAAGGAUAGGAUUACAUCAAAGGCACCGUACCAGAUAAACGGUUCAACCGAAGCGUCUUCCAAGCCUAACACAGCUUGGCUCGGUUCGCGGUAA